AUGCCUAUAAAAAGCGACAGCGAUGACACCAAUUCUAUGUCGGACAAACUGACAGAUGCCUAUGAUGAUGAUGACGAUGAUGACAAUGAUUUUGAUGAAGAUGGUGACGACGAAUUGUUCUCGUCUGAAAUUGACGACUUACCUGACUCAACGACGGGCGAAGAUGAAAAUGCGGCACAGUGCGAUCGAGAAAUGACAAAUACAGCUGCAAGUAAGAAUAAAAAAGGGCAGGGCCCAACAGAAAAUGGACAAAAGAAACGAGGACCAAAGAAGAAAGCUCAGCCAAAACCAAGAAAAGUGAAGCUUCGAGUUAGAAGAGUUAAAGCCAAUGCCAGAGAAAGAAAUCGUAUGCAUGGGUUAAAUUCUGCUUUAGAUGAAUUGAGAAACCACGUUCCGUGUCACUCCAAAACCCAGAAACUCUCCAAGAUUGAAACUCUUCGGCUGGCUAGGAACUACAUACAUGUCCUAGCAGAGAUUCUUCAAACUGGUGUUCGUCCUGACAGCAUCAGCUUCGCCAAGGCUUUGUCCAGAGGACUGUCUCAGAACACCAUGAACAUGGUAGCAUCAUGUUUGAGGCUAAAUCCACGAACAUUGCUCCCAGAGUCAACUUACUCAAAGCCAUACCAGUUCAUGUAUGAUAAUUCUAUUACACUGGGUGAAGGAUUUGUCCCCGACCCUUAUUCAGUGUUUCCUUUUCAACCCCUUGACUACAAUUCUGAACUGCCAUUCGUUGGACCCCAUCAGAACUUUGGAAGCUGUCAGCAAAUGAUGCCCUAUACGCCUGUACAGAAUACAUGCUCGCCUAGCUACCGCUUACCCUAUCAAUAUUACAACCCUCAGAAUGAACACCGUGGUAUUCCAUUUUCAAACAGCAAUACGGCUUACAAAGCUAUGUGUUUAAACAACCCCGUCUCGCCUCCAAAUUUCUUAACGUGUGAUAUACAAGAAAGUUCGAACCCAGUCAUUUCGUCCACAACCCGGAACAUACAGACAUCGCCCUCACACAUACACGUUCCAGCAAACUUAGCUACCUGCUUAUCUGCGUCAGUUUCAGCCCAGAACAGUUGCGGCAAAGAAAAUCAACUCUUUGCACGGGCUGAAUACCCCUGCAACAAUCUUAUCUCCAGUUCUCAAGUAGAACAGAGCCGAGCCAUAGUUACAGCAGCCGGUUCUUGCUACAAUGCGGGUGCACGCCAUGAGAACAAACUGCCAAGUACAACAAGAAUGUUGUGUAAUCACAGUGUCGUGAAACCAGAUUCCUUUUGCCUUCCAGGUCACAGUAUUACCAGUUGUUCCCUCAUGCCUUCAGCUUUAGCGUUGCCAGAUGAUUUUCCUGGCCUGAACCAGGAAGCUUCUAUUGAAGAGGAGCUAGCGAUGAUCACGUCGUCUGAUGGUAUCUUUCAGCUAAACCACCUUCCUUGA